CCGCUUGGCGUACGCCCGCAACCCACUGGGUUCAACCGACUAGUACCUUGCCGUUAUCCCUGUGGCCAUUAUGUCAACAGAUACCACCAGCUCUGGGGCGACACGUCCAAAUCCCGGGCGAGCGAACUCAAAUGGUAAAAGCGCGCGUCAGGGAGAGAGAGCAAGUUCUGUGUAUCAGACAGAUAAUGGCAGGCCUAUGCUGCCUUUGGGUUCCUCGCGCCCGAAAAGCUACAAGGAGAAAUUCCAAGCUCUCCGCGAGACCUAUGAGCGGGUCACGAAUACGAAGGAUCGAUAUGAGAGGGACCUCGCGACUGCGAACGACAAGAUUAAGAGAUUGCAAGCAGAGUGCAAUCUCCUACUCGACGCGGUCGACAUCGCCGCUCCCGCGCAGGCAACAUUGAUGCACUACCUGUCACAAGACCCUAUACCACCACAAUACCAUUCCUACCAGGUUCCAUUUUCCGCUGAGCCCCCACCAGUGACGGCGCCUCCACCGCCCCCUCCUCCUCCCCCGCCUCAGCCAACGCAGCCGCCUCUCGACCCUCCUGUCCGUUCACGACGCCGAUCAGGACCGCAUACCAACGGUAAUGGGGUGAAGCGAAAGUGAAAAUUACCACUCUGUGUCUCUUGCGUGUUUUAUCACUUAUUCUUUUUGUCUUGUACUUUCGCUGUAGUGGAUUUUUGUUCUCGAAUACCAUGCACGCUUUGCUGCAGUGCUUAGCUC